AUUUAUUAGACUCCUGGUUGAUAGACGAUUAAUUGAAUCAGUGCUCGGCAGCCGCGAAAAAAAUAGAUGACUACUUUCGUCUGAAGUGAAAAGGAUUAAAAUAAUUGGAUUUCAAGUAAUCGGUAUUUAUUGCUAAAACUGUUAAUCAGCGAAACAGGGAAUAUAUUCCUGAAAUAUAUAGAUUAGAGUGCAAAUGAUGGCCUCGGUGCGUAUUCCGGAGCAAAAAAUAAUUCUUUGCGGGGAGUAUGGGGUGGGGAAGAGCUCUAUUUUCCGACGGUUCGCAACCAACACAUUCGUGACGGCCACAGACCGGAAGUCAACGUUGGGAUUGGAUCACUUCGAUCGCAACUUCACCGUUGGAGAGCGGAACAUUAAGCUUCAACUCUGGGACACCGGUGGCAUGGAGCGUGUUGCAUCCGUUACAUCGAGCUACUACAAGUUCGCCGAAGCAGCUCUGCUGGUGUUCGCUUUGGACAAUCCCGCAUCGUUCCAUUCCCUUUCACAGCACAUGCUGGAUGUGGUUACAUAUGCAGAGAACGCAAAAAUCUUCCUCGUUGGCAAUAAAGUUGAUCUCGAGCAGACCGGCGAUCCAGAAGUAACCGAAGCCGAUAUGGAGUCGUUCUGCGAGCAGUGUCAAAGCCUAAUAAGUGCGACCUAUAAGACGUCUUGCAAAACGGGUGAAGGGCUGGAGGAGAUGUUUCAGGACAUCGCCAAUACAUUGGUCGAAUCGAACCGAUCCCGGCUGGAGCUGCAAGCCCUGGAAACACAUGGCUUUAAAAUCGAACCACCGGAAGAAUAUGGCGAGCCGUCAUGUCUUUGCUAGUAUUUCGUGCCCUAAAUGUAGGGCACUUUACCGUCGGAAUUUUAGCUGUGCGUUUGUCGGCCGUCCGGACACGUUUUGUCACACGGGGAACGUGGAACGUGAUAAAAGGCAUUUGAUAGAACGAACUGAACCAUAUUUUCAAAAACACUGGUGUUUUAGGCACCUAGGCAUUAUCAGAAAUUGAGAGCCAAAUUUACACAAAAAGCAAAAACAGGCUAUGAGUAACAUCCUAACUAUUUAACAGAACAAUAUGAUAGAAGGAAGACCGCGUGCCAUGCAUCAGAAUGAAGCAUAAUAUGUUAUGCGAAGUGUGUUUUGAAGUACUAAUAAUCCAAUCAACAUAAUUUAAUAUUUUACUAAAACGACAGCUUUCUGUGUCUCGUAGUUUCGUUUCUAGCGAUUACUCAAAAAGUUGACCUAUAAAUGUAAAUGCCGUAUAAUUUA